AUGCUUGGACGGACUUCGCUGCUUCGGAGCACCGGCCUCCUUCGGACGCUUGCGACGGCAACCACCACCACUACUAAGACUGCGGCUGCUGCCAGUGCUGGGGCCAAGGCGUCGGCUGUGCAGACCACGACUCUUGACAACGGGGUCAAGAUUGUGGCCCUCCCGCGCGACGGCCCGCUGGCCUCGGUCGGCCUUGUGGUGGGCGUGGGCUCGGCGGCGAACGCGCCUGUGGGCUCGGCGGCGCUCCUGGCGUCGGCGGUCUUCUCGGGCACGGCCAAGCGGUCGAACGUGCUGCAGGUCCGCAAGCUCGAGGCGACGGGCGCGUCGGUCUCGUCGCGGCUGACGCGUGACGCGCUGGCCAUCCACGCCCACGUUGUGGACGACAAGGCCGGCAAUGCGCUGGCCCUCAUGGCCGACGGACUUGUCAACUGCACCUUUGACGCCCACGAUGUGGCGGACGCCCUGGAGACGCUGGCUGCGUCGCCGGUCGAGCCCGAGCAGGCUGCGGCUGAUGCUCUGUUUGGCACGGCCUUCCGCUACCGCGGUCUCGGCGCGCCGCUCGCCUUUACCGACGCCGCCAAGGCCUCGCUCUCGCCCGAGGCCAUCGCCGACUUUGCGGCGGCUGCCGUGACUCCGGCCAACGUUGUUGUGACCGGCGUCGGCAUGGACGCCGACGCGCUCGCCGCCAUGGCUGAGCCCGUUCUCGGUGGCCUGGCCGCCAACGAGGCCACCGCCGCCGUCGCUGCCGUCUCGGCCCCGUACACCGGUGGCGAGUUUGUGGCGCCGCUCAACGGCUCGGGCCACGCCCACGGCGUUGUCGCUUUCCCGGUGCCGGGCCGCGCCUCGCCGGCUGCCUUUGCCUCGAUGGUCGCUGCCGAGCUUGUCGGCGAGACCGCCCCUUUCUACGUCAACAAUGAGGUCUCGCUCCUCGGUGCCUUCUUUGACGGCGAGGACGUCGCCCCGGCCGUCGCCGCCCUCAAGGCCGCCGCCAAGCCCGACGCUGACGCCCUCAAGGCCGCCAAGUCGCGUGCCAAGGCCGCCUUCCUCAUGUCUCUCGAGUCCAACCAGACUGCCCUGGCCUUCCUCGGUGACGCCAUCACCGCUUCCGGCUCUGUCCUUGCCCCGGCCGACGUUGUCAAGGCCAUCGACGCCGUCGACGCCUCGGCCGUCGCCGCUGUCUUCAAGGACGCCUUUGCCGCCAAGCCCACCCUCCUGGCGGUCUCGGACAACCUCCCGGCCUACGCCGACGUCGUCAAGGCGCUCUGACUCGGUAACACACACACACACACACACA